AUGACUAGAAUGUCUACCAUAUUAAAUUUUAUUUUUACAUAUGCUUUUCCCGAAAAGAGAAUCUGUCAGACGGUGUAUGGCAGGAAUAAUAACAAUAAAUACAAGAUACAAUCAUGUACUGCUGCUAGAAGCUGUGAUGCUAAGGGGUCCUUAAAAGCAAUUUUAGAUGCAACUGACUGGGCUGUAGAGAAUCAAUAUUUUAAUGAAGGGUAUAAAGGUUCAAUAGUUACGGAUACAAAUGGUGGAUGGCAUUGUUGUAUCUCAUAUUAUCAAGAAAAUGAUUUCGUUGAAUCAUUUCCAGCAUGUCCAGAUAAAUGGUGUGGUAAAUAG